UACAGCUACAACAACGUCACAAUCUGAACUUGCAUCUCCAGUCGCCAUUGUCAUCAGCCUGACAAGAGGACUGAAGAACUGCCUGCCGGGUUGAUCGAUCAAUCUGUCCAGCUCGAAAGACGAAAAUGACGCUCGUGGAGAUGUGCGUGCACAUGGACUGCCCAGGGUGCGAGAAGAAGGUCCGGAAGGCGGUGCAGCGGCUGGAGGGCGUGCACGACGUGGAGGUCGACAUGGCGCAGCAGAAGGUGACGGUCAACGGGGACGUGGAGCAGAAGAAGGUGCUCAAGGCGGUGCGCCGGACGGGGCGCCGCGCCGUGCUGUGGCCGCAGCCCUUCGCCGGCGCCGCGGGCGGCGCCGCGCACGUCCUGGCGCAGCAGCAGCUCCUGUACGACCCCGCCGGCGCGGCGGGCCCGGCGCACGCCGCCUACGCGGCGCGACCGGGCUCCUCGUACAACUACCACAAGCACGGCUACGACGACUCGCGGCUGUACGGCGCCUACCAACACCACGGCGCCAGCUCGGCCAUCGCCGGCACCAGGGCCACCGACUACUUCAGCGACGAGAACGCGCAGGGGUGCGCCGUCAUGUGACAGUGACCGGCAGGAUCGCACGUCACCGCUCGUUGAUUGUUCUUCCGGUGUUUGCGCUUUCGGCUGGAAGGGAAGACGGGGAGGACAGCGGCGGCGACGGCCGCCGGGAGGCGGGUCGGAGCCGAACCCGUACGAAUCAGGGGGCUAGGUCAAAAAUAUACAAUGCAAAAUUUAUAUAUAGAUCUCUAAUUUGGAUCGUGACUAAUAAUCACGAUCCAAAUCAGGAGAUUUUCCAUACACACCUCUAGUUUGGAUCAAGAUCAGUAAUCACGAUCCAAAUCAGAAGCUUUAAUAUUUAUAAAAAUUCUCUAAUUUGGAUCGCGAUCAGUAAUC